AUGUUUGACUGUAAAUCAUUUGCUUAUAACAAUUCAACUAAAUCGGACUGCUUACGAUCCUUCGCCCGGGAUGGAGGACUCUCAUUUGGACUUGUGCUGGAACCUGGUGGGACAGUGAUAUCCCUUUUGGGCGUCGAAGUAUAUCAGAUGUACGAUUUGUUAGCAUACGAAUUAUCGAAAAUAGCACGAAGUCGAAUUCAAAAAAUGAUGUUUAUGGAGCACCCCGUGAACCGAAAUAUUCGGGCGCAGCGACUGGAAAUUACCCGUUUCUUGCGUUUAAUACUAGGCAAUGCGACGAUUUUCAAUGAAAAAUUGUUAUAUGAUAGUAUUUCGAUGAUACUCAAUUGUUUACCAAAAUUAAUUGAUCCCUUAUUGAUGUACGGCUGGAACAGCGUGAAUGAAAAAGAUUGCAAUGGUUAUGAAAUUUACCAUGGUGUGCUGGAAUGGCGCUGGCUAAUUUUACUGUUUGUGAUCCGAACAAAAUUAAGCAUAGAAACAAUAAGUAAAACGAGCAUGAAAAGUUUUGGUAAAAAAAAGAUGAAAGAACCCGUAAACAAAAUAUUUCAAGAUUUGAUGGCUGAUUUAUUGACCUUAGCCUUUCAAAAAUAUCGAAUUAAUACAGCCGAAGACAUCAUCGAUGAAAGCCCGUUUCACUGCAACUGUAUCAAACUCAUGUGGUUAGGCAUGAUGGUCGUAGCAGAACAAUACGAAGGAGACCUGAGUUUUUGGAGAAGCCUCUCUGAGUUAAUGCCAUCAGUUUUGGAUGGCAGAAAGGAUGGUUAUAUUUUUAAAAUGUGGCUCAUCAAUGUGUUGGCGCAGCUUUACGACAAACAUCAAUCACCAGAUGGGAACAAGAAGACUCUAGCAAAACUAGGGGAUAACUACAUUAUUAUCGACGAAGUUCUAAAGGAAUUUAUCAAUUCAGACUGUAAAGAAGAGCAAGUGCGAAUUUUUUUGACAUUGUUGAAACCCAUAAUAACAGGCAUAUGGCCAGUGCGAGUUGAUACUGUGAUCAUUCUCUGGGAUUAUUUCAGUGUACGGUUGAACUCAUCGUUUCGCUUGAAACAAAAUUCUUUGUCAGAUUUUGAAAGCAUCAAUCGUUCAGUGGCUAAUUUAAUCGAACAAGCCAGGGAACUCGCAACGUUAGAUUCAACUGACGGUUUGGUUCAAACAAAAUCCAGUUUUAGUAUCUUUCUCAUAUUGUUGUCUUCAGUCAUACGACAUUUCACUCAACAGUCGCUCAAAACGAAAGUUCAAAUAAUCUUCAACCGAAUAUUUCUUAAGCUUGGCCCAAAAAAGUAUGAAAAUAUGACACAUCAAGCUAUAUACAAUUUGGGCCUAAUGUUAGUCACCAUGAUCAAUGCUACCAGUUAUCAAGAAGAUUAUCCGAGAGUAUCAAAGCAAAUGCAGAUGGUGCAGCUAAUUGGAGGACCGUCGAAUUUACCAGUAGAUGCCAUAAUCAAUCGUAUAGUUAUUGCAUCACAAACAAAUUUAGCUCUGUUAGUUUCGUUCGGUAAUUCAAAUUUUGAUAAAACGGGACAUGCAAUCGCAUUUUUUCAAAAAAUUGAAGCAGCAUAUCGCAAAUAUGGCAGUCGGCUAUUGCCAGCGAUGGAAGUUAUAGCAGAGGGAACGAUUAUGAUGUAUAAUAAAAAUUACGAAAAAAAAUCGUUCGGUCGCAGCGAGAAGGAUAGAACGUUAUUUAUUGGACCAUGGAUUGCAAACUAUGUACAGCACUGUUCUCAUAAUAAAUGGCAACAGCUUCUUGAUGGUAUGCUUAUUCAAAAUAAUUUUCAAACUUCAUCAUAUAGUGAAGAAUUCUUCAAGGCAAUCAAUGAGCACAUAUAUCCCAUCGUAAAAAUACAGUUUUCACAGAAGGUAUCGACACCGCCAUGUAUUGCACAAAUUGCAGCUAGAAUGACAAUUUACAAUCAAUUCAGGUGUCCUUAUCAAGUACAAAAAACCUCCCUAUAUACCGUAUUCAGUUCUUUCGCUAAUUGCCCUACAGCUCAUUCUGAUCAGGUUCUGAUAUACUUAACGGAAAUCACCAAGUGCUCAAAGAUAUUAGUACUUUUUGACGCAAAAGUAUUGAUACGCCAAUGGCUUAAAAUGACUUUGUAUUACGAUCGCGAAAAGAUUUUCGACUAUACUCGUGUAGUGUACAACUUGGCUGAGUUUAAAAUGUUGUGUGAUAUUCCGGAAUAUGAAAUGUUUGAAAGUAAUGCCAUUCUGAUAGAAUUGUUUUUCCGGUCUGUCGGCAAACGUUUCCGUGAUGCGAACAGUAACAUACAAAUGGAAAUGAAAAUGAAGCUGCAUACCAUUUUUCAACACUUCGACAAAUGGAUUCUAGACCCAAAAGGCAUAAUUAGACAAAGAAUAUUUGCAGUACUCGUUUUAGCGUUAAGAGAAUGCCCACAAGUUUUCUAUAUAAAAUCCAAUGCAACUUGUCUUUACAAUCUUGCUUUUCAAAAAAUUUUUUUGCCGUUUUCUGUGCUCACCGAUCGGAAUGUACAACAAGAUUUAAUAGAAGACAUGGCAAAGGUGUGGCAUAAGGUAAUGGAUGUCCUCGGCAAAAUGGAUUACAAUGCCAAUCCUGUGAUUGGAGACAAUGUUAAUAAUAUGCUUACUAAAUGGAUGGUACAGUUUUGCAAAUUACCUAACCCAGACGAUGCUUUACGUCCAUUGAUACUUUUUUUUUGUGGACGUAAUGAAGAAAUAAUUCUUUAUGCGAUGCCACGACUGUUAACGAUCUAUGUCGACCUGCAACGAUGUCUUCCUAAAACGAAUGCUCGGACAAUAAUGUGCAUGCUACAAAAUCUCCUAGGAACUUUAGUGGCCCGUGAAGAUUACGGAAAAAUUACCCUUUUCAUUCGUACAACAGGAUAUUCUUUAACGCAACAUGCAUUCCUGUGUAAUGAAACGUUUCCCACCCGUGCCAUUGCAAUGGAAAUGUUAUAUACUUUGCUUGUUUGUACAGACGGGCCUUCUAGUAUGGUAAAACGCGAAAUGAGAAACACAUUAGCAGCAUUUACGCAUAAAUUUUUGCCUCUUUCUGCUGAGGCUUAUUUUACAUUCAUGUGUCGGCUCGCAGAUCGCAAUCCAAAUUUUAUUCGUUCAUUGAUCAAUUUAGUUCGCGAAGAACUAACGGAAGCAGAAAAAAAACGUGGCCAAGGAACUGACAACUUUCUACGUAAUGCAUUGCAUCGUUUAGAGGGAGCAGUUGACGCAAGCGUUAAUAAAAUGCUCCUGAAUGAUGAAUGGGAAUGUGAUAUGGAGAUAGGAAAUUGA